AUGCGUCUAUCCCUAGUCACUCUUUUGGCCCUUGUCUCCGCCCCGACCGCCCUCGCUGGCAGCUCUUGCAUCGCCUUUGAUACCGCAUGGAAUCUUUUAGCUUUUGGAUUCAACGGAAAGGAUUACAACGCUGGCACCUCUAACACUUGGGCGUCUGGCUCCGCGACUGAUAUUACUACCAACGGCCGACCGCCUUUCAAUGGCAACGACGUGAAAUGUUACCUUGCAGAGUUCUUUAAUGCCAUUUACAUUAUCGGCGCGGAUACCUCGAAACCUGCUGACAUCUACAUCUACGAUGCUGGUGCUAAGACGUGGUCCACUCAAUCCGUCACUGCGGGAGACUUCGACCCAACGUCCUUCCAAGCCAUCCUUGACCAUGACACCAACGUCUUCUAUGCUCUCUCGAAGGGCAAUUUAUUCUCCCUCGAGAUGAAUGAGCUUAAAGCUGCCAAGUCCGGCUCUAUCGCGUGGGCUCCUCAGGGCAAAGCUGAAAUCACCACUGACAACUACGAUCCCGUCAUGGCUGUCGCACAGAACCAUGUAUUCUUCUUUGGAGUUCCUGGGACUCCUGCAGGGAGCACGCCCAUCUUUGUCAUUCACUUCGCGUUCUGGCAAGCCGGUGCUCAGCCAAUGGGAGGCAACUUCCCGGACAGCCAUGGCCAAGCUACCUCCAUCUUCCUGGACGUUGGGGUUCAGCAAGAGAUCGCGUUUAUCCCUGACGAUGGCUCCAAGACCUACAUUGUCAAUGUCGAGACCAACACCACGCAAACUAUGUCUGGACCAGCGACUGUUGAUGCCAAAGCGAGGUACUUUGCGUCACCCACUGCUAUCGUUCAACUGGCAUCCUCUGGCGCUGUUUCGUGGAUUCCGUACAAGGCUGGUGACAACUCGGCCAACUCCGGUGCCAAAUGGAGUGCAGUGAGCAAUCUUGCUGCUGUCGCGCCGUCCAGUGGUGGGGGUUCAGCUCCUUCCGGCUCUGCCCCAAGUCAGUCUUCCAAAACGGCUGGUUCUGGUGGGAGUGCAGCUCCUUCUGGAAGCAAAACUGCUGGUGGGAGUGGUCCGUCAGGAUCAGCCAGCGGUGCCAUUCGUCAUGCGGGUUGGGGUGCAGGAUCUGUGCUUGGGCUUGUAGCAGUAGCAUUCUUUUUACUCUAG